GACGGGGACAUGAGUGCGCUGGUUAACCAGGUGGCUGUGGUUCAGAACAAAGUUGAUCAGAUCGCCAAGCUCGACAACAAAGUGGAUUUGCUGAUCUCUGCCGUUGCACAACUCAGACUUAAAAUACAGAACCAAGGCGGAGUCGGAGGGCCGCCCGGUGAGAAGGGCAACAUGGGCCCGCCUGGCAUCAAGGGGAACGUCGGACCACCAGGAAUGCCGGGUGAUUGUCCACAGUCUGUGUGCAACAGCGGGCCUCCUGGUCCCCCAGGACCCCGAGGGACCAAUGGAGAUCCUGGGCCCAAGGGCGAGUGUUGUUACGGGGUCCGUGGAGACCGAGGACCGAUUGGAGCACGAGGAGGGAGCAUGGCUGGAAUACCUGGACCAAAGGGCGCUAAGGGGGACAAUGGAGACCCAGGAGUUUGGUUGCCCAGAGAUCCGUGCGCUGCUACACAUGGGGGUUAAAAAGCUACACAGGAGGUAUGAGCUGCUACAUUUAGUGGAUGAGCUGCUACAUAUGAGGGAUGCCAAGCUAUUUCCAAAGAUGAGCUGCUACACAUGGGGGAUAAAAAGCUACAUAUGAGGGAUGAGCUGCUACAUAUGAGGGGUAAAAGGCUACAUAUGAGGGAUGAGCUGCUACAUUUAUGGAUGCCAAGCUACAUACGAAAGAUGAGCUGCAACAUAUGAGGGAUAAAAGGCUACGCAGGAGGGAUGAGCUGCUACAUAUGAGGGAUGCCAAGCUACAUACAAAGGAUGAGCUGCAACAUAUGAGGGAUAAAAAGCUACGCAGGAGGGAUGAGCUGCUACAUAUGAGGGAUGCCAAGCUACAUACAAAGGAUGAGCUGCAACAUAUGAGGGAUAAAAAGCUACGCAGGAGGGAUGAGCUGCUACAUAUGAGGGAUGCCAAGCUACAUAGGAGGGAUGAAUGGUAAUCAUUCCCUUCAUUGACGUCCAUCGCGUUCCAAUUUAUUUGCCAAUUUUCACCUCAUAGUGUCACAUGUAACAAAUGAAUUUGAUUCAGAAUUUCUAUACAAACCAUAUUUCUAACCUUAUAAAGGAAGCAACAUAAGAAAAUGCGCACCGCUAUCGCCAUCAUAAUCAUUUUCUGUAAUCUGUAAUUUGUUGAGGUGCGCACGUCACCUUGCCCUGUACGUUGCUGUGAGCGGUCCAUUCAUUUAUGAGAAAGCCAUCCUAACCGUCUACCGCCGUAUGCCACUCUCCGGGAACAUAACUUU